AUGGGCCUGCAGGAUAUAUUGAGAUACUUGAAGGUCAACCGCUGCUUCGCCAAGACGGUCAGCAUCCUGCGUUUUCACCAGGAUGGCGCUGAGGUCUUGGAUCAGGAGCUCCGUGGCUGGGCGAACCCCUCCUGCAGAUGCCGACGCUCACGGAUAGGACGGCUGGGCGGCCAAAGUGCCACCGGCGCUCUUCCCCUCUUUGGCAACGAAGCUGCGGCGCUUGGCGGCAGCAGCCCAGGCGACAUACUCGGUACCACAGCGGGGUCAUCAAGUUGCGUUGAGUCAGCCUUAUCUGCCAAACUUCUCCGAGCACCAGCGCCCGCCUCCGAGCUCUGUGCAGGUGCCUGUCUUUGUGCGUCAGGGCAUUCCGGCGACCAAAACGGCGACUGGGUCGCAACGGGGUUUGACGACACUGGAGCCAGCUCAACACAUCUGGUUUCUGGAAAGGUCCCGGCGUCUGUGCUGCGCUUUCCGGCCGGCUCGGGCGAGUUCGCUGUUGGGCUGGAGAGGUGCUCGCUCUGGCCUCCAGGAGCAUCUAUGGCUGAGAACUGCAUGAGCAUGUGGGUGCAACGUGGGCACGGCUUCAACGAUCCUCUGCGAGUUCUGCAGGAUCCGCUCUCUUUCUGGGCGUUAGGACUCCUCGCUGCGGCAGCGAGCUGGGCCGUGGGCAGGGCCGCUGUCUCGGUCGCAGUGCUGGAGGGCUGCCUCGAGGGCCACGCGCUGGCCGCCGCCCUUCCGCCGCACGCGGCAAACGCCGCAGCCUCGGCCGUCUCUCCGGCCGUCGUCUUGCCAGGUGCCUUUGGAGCCAGGGAGGGCCUCUCGCUUGCGCUGGUACUGGCAUCGCUCUUGGCCCGAGGCUGUAUGGAUGUGGCUUUGAUCCAGGUUGAGGAGGGCAGCAGCAUUCAGGACCCUUUCCUACAGAGCUGGGUUGAUCGGCUUCCGGAAACAGACCAGGCACCUCAAGGUCUUCGUGUGUGGGCCUUCCCCCUCGAUGCAGCCGAAAGUGCUGCGGGUUGCCUCGAGGAAGCUCUUGAAGCGUACCGGAGAUCGAGACCGUAUAUCCACGCGCUUGUCGGUGCGGGCGUGAUGGAGGCAGACAUCCGCGAGGCUCUGGAAACCUCGGUGCAUGCCCUCGGGAGCGCACAGGUGCUGGAGCUGACGGAUGCCCAGGGUGGUCUGCUUGCAGAGCCCCUGCAGCGCUCGAGGAGGACGAUGUGGCUCCUUCCAAUCGGCAGGCGCAGUCGAGCUGUGGCGGCGCUCGUUGAGGCGCGGCUUGAAGACACUUGGGCUCUGACUUCCGUCGUCAGGGAAGCAGGUGACGGCCAGACUCUCGCACUGCUGGACCUGGCGGAUCCAGACAGUUUGUGUUUCCUCAAAGCGAGGCAGAAGGAGCCGUUCCCGCUGCAUGUCCUCGCGCUCCUACCGUCCCUGGACUCAACUCGAGUGGCCUGGCAGCCCGUCGCGGAGCCGCUGGCGCUGCUUCUCGGCCUCGGAGAGGACUUCCUGCUGGAGCUCGGCCUCGUUGCAGCCUUGGGAAUCGGAGACGAAACAGGGCUGGAAACCACCGACGUGCUUUCUUUCCUGGAGGCUUUGGCCUCUGCAGACAUGUCGGCCGUGGCUUUCCAGCUGCAGCCGAGGCCGCAAACACACCUGGCACUGCCGGCGUUUGAGGCCGAUUCAACAACCAUCCUGUGUGCAGAGAGUGCAGCCCUGGGAGAGAAGGAGGUCCUGGCCUCCUUUACGUUGUGGCCAAGCACAGGAGAGUCGAGGUUGCUGGCAAAAGGCGUCCUGCAAGACGACUUACCAGCAUCCGUCUCCCGAGCAGGCAUGGCUUACCGGCCCUCUGCUAAGUCGAGGGCGCAGCCUCGGGUCUGGCAUUUGACCGUGCAUGUGAUGGCAGAGGCCCGACUCUGUCGUCGAGCAGCGGGUGACUUUGGCGGACGCGCGAGCGGUGCCUUCGCUUGGCGUGGUGACCCCGGAUCCAAAGCAGAUCUGUGGGCCCAUGCCGCCCUUCUGCUUGGUGAAGAGGAAAAUCCUCGACGUGAACAGGAAGAGUCAUCCUGCUACAGCGAGGAAUACGAGCAGGAGGAUGGCGCCGAGAGUGAGGAGAAUGUAAGCACAGACAGCCAAAGUGUGCGCCAAUUGGUGGCUGUUGCCCUAGCUUUGCUCGCCUUGCCGGCGAGCCUUGCGCUUGAGGAUGAGGAUGAGGUUCGUCGCAAGAGCUUUUGCUCUGAAGAUCCCGAAGUGCAGCUGGCCGACAUUGCAGCACAAGCAUCAGCACACAACUGUUUGAUCGCGCAAGCAGUUUUCUGGUGCAGUCCUAUCCCGUACCGAUUCGAUCGCUUUGCAGGGAUUGGCAAUCUGUCUCGUGGCUCAAGUUUCUUUGGAGUCUUGGAGUUGACAUUGGUUCCUGCCGCUACUCUCGAGGAAGAGCUCCGGCACGGUGCUUUGAAGCCCGACAAUCGAAAACUUGGGAAGACAGUUGCGCACAUCGCCGGGGUGAAGCGAUGGGAAACUGUCAGCGCGUUGCUUGGCGACGCCUGGGCAAGAAAUGCACAGAUCGAUGUUGUGACACUCGGCGCGGCAGCAUCUGCAUGCAGGGUGGCUGCUGGCUGGCGCUGGGGCUCCGAAUUGCUGGCGUCCGGCCGUGGUCGUACUAUGCGCAGCAGUGCCGUGCUUCGGGGCACUUCGCUGGGGGUGGUCCGUGCAGGAGGUGUAUGGGCAGCCGCACUCACCUUGCUGGCCGAGUCGCAGGACCACGGAUGCCGAGUCAGUGCCGUUCACCUGAGCACGGUGGCAGCCACGGCAUCAGAGGGAAACCUCUGGGGUUUGGCCUCAGCAGUCCUACAGGCAGAGAGCGGCGUGGUGCUGGAUCCACCCGCAAUCAGCUCACUAGUGGCUUCGCUGAGCAAGGGUAGCCAGUGGCAAGGAUCACUAGUCGUGUUCGUGCGGCAGACGCCGUUCCUGACGGUUCGCUUGGCAAAUGCUGCGCUCACCGCCAUGGAAGUGGGAGAGCUGUGGCCUUCGUCCAUAGCACUUCUGGGGGAUUUGCAGCAAGCACGUCUUCGACAGGACAUCAGAGGUGUGAACAGCGCGGCAAGUGCGGCUGCGAAAGGUGUGGGCUGGCGAUGGUCGCUGGACUUGCUGGAGAGGUCACGGCAUGACGCCGAAGGCCGCGAUCUUGUGAGCGUCAACGUGGCACUGGCAGCUCACGCCCGCGGCUUCUGGGGCGCGUCGUUGUCACUGCUUCGGGCUCUUCCUUCUUUUCGACACGCACCCGAUGUGACCUCCUUCGGCACCGUGGCAAACGCAUGCAAGAGGGCAGGUCGGCUGGCUUUGGCCAAGAAACUGUUGGACGAAGCACAGCGAAGCGAAGGCUUCACGGUCAGCGCCACUAUCUUUGGUGCAGUGCUGGCAGGAUGUACUUGGGUGACGGCUUCUGCACUGCUCCAGUCAGCGACGGCUGCUGCAGUGGAGGCAGAUGCUGCAUUGGCAAAUGCUGCAGCCAGCACUUGCGAGCAACAUGGCGCCUGGCAGACAGCCACGCGUUUGCUCCCAUUCCUGGGACAAGCCGUCGACAGCCUAACAAUAGGCGCCGCAACUGCAGCUUGUGCAGUGGCGGGUGCCUGGGUCACGGCCUUGGGGCUGCUGCUUUACGGCAGCUGGAGGGCGCUUCCGUCCGGGCCUGUUGCUCGAGCUGCGGCCGCGGCGGCGGCACGACAAGCGGGCCGCUGGCGCCAGGUGGUUGCCCUGCUCACAUGGUGCGGAACCGACCAGGACCUUCGUCUGGACAUCCCCGGAGCAAUUCUGGCUGCAAGCUGCCUCGAGGUGCAAAGCCCAGGGGCAGCGCUGCACAGGCUUUAUGAGGAGGUCUCCAGCUCCGCUUUUCUGCUGCUGUCUGAGCGACGCGAGCUCUGA